AUGCAUGAUUUUUCUGUAUUAUUUUGUUUGAUUCCUUUUCCAUUGAGAGGAGCUGUGGAUCGGACAUCUUCUAGAAUUGAUAAGAUUGCUCUAUUGGCUAUACAGCUGUGGUGGAAGAGUAACAUGUUUGUUAUAUGCAUUGCCGAACUUUUGUAUGUACAUUCAUUUUUCUGUAUCACCUAUUAUUGGUCUGUCUGCUUCCCUUUUAUUAAAGCUGUUGUUGGUUUCUGUAUUUUUCUCAUGGUUUCCCCCUCUCUCCAGGUAUGGAGUACGUCCUGAGCAUGUUAUCAUAUAUGGCCAGAGCAUAGGGACCGUCCCAUCUGUUGAUCUUGCUGCUCGAUAUGAAAGUGCUGCUGUUAUUCUUCACUCUCCUCUAACCUCAGGAAUGAGAGUGGCUUUCCCUGACACCAAAAAAACCUACUGUUUUGAUGCAUUUCCCAAGUAAGUUAUAUUUGAUGCAGUUAUAUUGUUACAUUAAAAGGUUUUGUUAUAUUGAAUGUAUAUUUAAAGUACACUUCAAGCACCUGAACAUGUGCAUAUUCCAUGCUUGGGUUAAUAAUCUCUGGAUUUGUUUCAAACACUUUAAAAUAAUGCUUUGCUAACAGUUUAAAGGAACACUAUAGUGUUCGAAAAGCAAGCAUUAUUCCAAACGGUAUAGCUUGUACCUAACUAGUUAUGGUGUCUUCACCCCACCGCGCUACCACUUACUGGCUGAUAUCAUAGAGAUCAAUGAUCUCAGCCAAUCUAAUGCUUUUCUAUAGAACCGCAUUGGGAGGCUAGUGUGCAUGCACAGUAAAAUGCUGAAUUAUGCUGUAUAGAGAUACCAUUUAAUAUCAGAUGUCUUCUUGUAACUUGGUGAAUGCAAUGUCCUUCAAAUCUGAUUUAUCCUUUGUGUGGCACACCGCGUACAAUUAAAUGCUGGUAUUGGAACCAGCAUAGAAAUCUGGGAGGUUAAAAAUAAUUUUAUUUUUUAUUUUUUUAUUUUUAAUGGUUUUGUACUUGGGAUACAGUAUAUUUCAAGUGUUUUUCAACUUCAAAUAGGGAUUAGUUAUGUAGCAUGAGACUACAUGGUCAUGCAAUAAAUAUAUUUUUGGUAAUUUAAUUAAAUUAUUCCAAGUUAAUUGAAUUUUGUCUUCAGAAAUAACAUGCAUGUUUUAAAAUAAACAUACAAAGUUUAGAAAAAUACCGCAAUCCUGCUGUUAUUCUGUAAACGCUAAGCUGUUCUCCAAAUAUGGGUGAUUAACCUAUUAAACUGGAGGUAGUAUACCUUGCCAAUGAUUUUAUCAAUCUAAAUAUUUCUAAUGGUAGGUAACAAAUCAGUUCUGCUAGAACUAUUAAAAUAUGAAAAUUAUCCAUCUAAAUACUAAAUAUUCACCUUGUUACAAAUAUUUAAAUAUCAAUCAGCAAGUACCAGUAUUUAAAGGGACACUGUAGUCACUAAAACAUAGCUUUAUAAAUCCGUUUUGUGUAUCGAUGCCCCUGCAGUCUCACUACUCAAUUCUCUGCUAUUUAGGAGUUAACUCGCAUAGUCUAGCAUGUGACUUACACAACCUUCCUAAGCACUUCCUGUAAAGAGGCAUCUAAUGUUUAUACUUGCUUUAUUGAAAAUUCUGUUUAAUUACAUACAGGAGGCUCCUGCAAGGUCUAGCUAACUAUUAACAGAUCAGGAGAUGAGUAUUUUUAAAUUAAAUUUCGAUUUACAGAGCAUUAGAUACAAACGUUUAAAGUAAUUACAUCUGAUUUGAAAGUGAAACCAUUUUGUUUUCAUGCAGACUGUCAGUAGCCAGGGGAGGUGUGGUUAGGGCUGCAUAAACUGAAACAAGUGAUUUAAAGGCACUCUAUAGGGUCAGGAACACAGACCUGUAUUCCUGAUCCUAUAGUGCUAAACCCACCAUUAAGGUGGCUUACCCCUUACCCUGCUUAGAAAAGCAUUAAAAACUCACCUUAUUUCCAGUGCCGUGCGGGUCUGCCGGCACGGGCCCUGUCCCCUUGGUGACCUCAUUAGAAUUGCGGAUUUUUACCCAAUCCAAUGCUUUCCCCCAGGGAAAGCAUUGGAUUGGCAAGGGGCAAGGCCAAAUACCAUUUUGGUCCAUCAGCACCUCCUCAUAGAGAUGCAUUGAAUCAAUGCAUUUCUAUGAGGGAAAUUCAGCAUCCCCAUGCAAUGCGUGGGGAUGCUAAAUGGCAGAGCUGCUUACUGUGCAGCACUGAGCCAGGAAGCAUUUCCAGUGGCCUGCACAUAAUGGUUAUACUCACCAGAAUAACUACAUUAAGCUGUAGUUGCUUUGGUGACUGUAGUGUCCAUUUUACUCCUAAAUGGCAGAUAAUUGAGCAGUAAUCCAUACACAAACUGCUUCAUUAAGAUAACGUGGUUUUGUUAACUAUAGUUUACGUUUACAAAUUGUGAUUUAAAUAGAGUCUUAACGCCUAGUUAUUAUGAAAUGUCUUAUUGGGUAUUAUCCAACAUAACUCCCCCUCCCCCCCCCCCUGCCAACCACAUAAAAUAAGCAUUACAUGAUAUUCAUAUGGAGAUACAAAUGCCAUAAGUUCUAUCCAUUUUUUUAUUUUUAUUUUUAUACAUCUCAAGAGUACCAAAAUGAUAAUAGCCAGGAGCCAAGAUGCAACAGAAUAAGUGCUUGUGCUAAUAAUGGCAACAAGUGAAAAUUGUAUAUAAUAUAGCAAUUUUCAAAUCUACAGAUAGGCUCAGCUGUGAUGGAAACCCCUAAGGAACAGAACCAGUCUCAGAUGGUCAGACCUUUUAUUUGUUAAUAUGGAUUUAUUUUGUGGUGCCCUGGAUUAUGAAGGCAUACUAUAUGCUCCAUCAAAAGUAAACUUUCCUAGGGUGACUUGGGAGUAAGAUUCUAUAAGGUGCCUUAGAAAGUGUGGUAGUUCCUCAGCAGAGAUGGUCUGGUAUGCCUCUAAUAUUAUGUGAGAAACACAAUUAAAAAAAAAAAAAAAAAAUCCAGUGUCAAAACUAAACCAUUAUUAUCAAUUAUUUGAUCUAGAGCAGAUAGAUGUAUGCAUUUUAUUUUUCACACUAGUUUUUUUAAAAUAGAGAUAAUAGUGUGUAUAUUUAAUGUACAAUGUGCAGCACUGACAUUCAGUGUCUCCACCCUCUGCAUGGAGACACUAACCUUUCCUCAUAGAGAUGCAUUGAAACAAUGUAUCUCCGAGGAGAUGCUGAUUGGCCAGGGCUGUGUUUGGCUUGUGCUGGCUCUGCCUUUUUGAUAAUCACUGCUAAUUCAAUGCUUUCCUAUGGGAAAGCAAUGUGGUUGGCUGAGAAGAUCACUUCUGAUGUCAGCCUAGGAGGUAGGUCAGGGGCAGAGGCAGUUGCAGACUGUAACAAAGGUAAGAUUUUACUAUAUUUAGGGGAUAGGGAGGGAAGGGGGUUAGAUGGUGGGUUUUUUUACACUAUAGGGUCAGGAAUACAUGUUUCUGUUCCUGACCCUUUAGUGUUCUUUUAAUUUAUCUUCCAGGUUUUAAUUAGUGUAGGACCCACCAAUAUUGGGGUACUGUGGCAUAGUGGUGGGCUUAGCACAAUAUGGCAAUAUUGUGGAACUGAAUCCCCAUAUAUGUUUGCGAAGAGGUUGUUUUAAGUAGCCUUAUAAAAUAUAAAUCUGUAUUCUGGGGGGAGGGUGGUGUUUGUUUGUUUUUGUUAUUUUCUGUUUGGUUUGGGGCUUUAAUUAACCCCUUAAGGACGGAGCCAAAUGUACACAUUGUGAACAAAACAAAAUGUAAACAAAACCUGGCAUUUGCGCUACAUGUCUGUCCAACCGUAAUACACCUCUUUCAUAGUAAAUGCACCCACCCUUAUUAUAUAUCAUUUUAUUCAGGGGAAACAGGGCUUUCAUUUAAUAUCAAAUAUUUAGCUAUGAAACAUAAUUUAAUAUGAAAAAAAUGGGAGAAAAUACGAUUUUUUUGAUUUUUUUAGUUCUAAAUUGCAUUUUAAAGGUCAGUGUCAUAAUACUGUUUGAUUUUACUGCAAUAAAAUACACAUAUUUGUAUUUAGUAAAGUCUCACGUGUAAGACAGUACCCCCUAUGUACAGGUUUUAUGGCGUUUUGGGAAGUUACAGGGUCAAAUAUAGCACGUUACAUUUGAAAUUGAAAUUCGCCAGAUUGGUUACGUUGCCUUUGAGACUGUAUAGUAGCCCGGGAAUGAAAUUUACACCCAUAAUGGCAUACCAUUUGCAAUAGUAGACAACCCAAGGUAUUGCAAAUGGGGUAUGUCCAGUCUUUUUUAGUAGCCAUUUGGUCACAAACACUGGCCAAAGUUAGCGUUAGUAUUUGUUUGUGUGUGAAAAAUGCAAAAAACGCCAAUUUUGGCCAGUGUUUGUGACUAAGUGGCUACUAAAAAAGACUGGACAUACCCUGUUUGCAAUACCUUGGGUUGUCUACUAUUGCAAAUGGUAUGCCAUCAUAGGGGUAAUUUUCAUUCUUGGGCUACCAUAGGGUCUCAAAGGCAGCGUAACCAAUCUGGCGAAUUUUAAUGUGAAAAAAAUGAAACGCAAGCCUUAUAUUUGACGCUGUAACUUUUGAAAACACUAUAAAACCUGUACAUGAGGGGUACUGUUGUACUCGGGAGACUUGCUGAACACAAAUAUUUGUGUUUCAAAACAGUAAAAAGUAUCUUAAUAAUAUUGUCCGUGUAAUGCUGUUUGUGCGUGAAAAAUGCAAAAAACGUCACUUUUACUGGCGAUAUCAUCGUUGUAAUACAUUUUACUGUUUUGAAACACUAAUAUUUGUGUUCAGCGAAGUCUCCCGAGUAGAACAGUACCCCCCAUGUACAGGUUUUAUGGUGUCUUGGAAAGUUAUAGGGUUAAAUAUAGUGCUAGCAAAUUAAAUUCCCUUUACUUUCGGCAUGGGUUGUCAGGCAGGUCCCGCUAAUUGUAAUUAAUUAAGAUACCUAAUUAUGUAAAAAUAUUACAUAAAUAUAUAUGUAGAAUUAAUAUAUGUGUGUGUAUAUAUAUAUAUAUAUAUAUAUGUGUAUAUAUAUGUAUAUAUCUAUAUUUUUUAAAAAUAUUUUUAUUUAUAUAUAGGUAUAUAUAUAUAGUGAUAUAUACGUAUAUAUUUAUGUAUAUAGAUAUAUAUAUUAUUUCGUUCUACGUGUAUUUUGAUAUAUAUAUAUAUUAAUUUCACAAAACAGUUAGAACGAAAUAACACACAUCUAUAUAUUUUUUAAUUAUUUUUUUAAUUUUAUUUUUUUAACGUAUUUACAUUUUUAUUUUUUUUAUAUUAUAUAUAAAUAUAUAUAUAACCAUAAUUAUAUAUAUAUUUAAUCAGUAUCAGUCUACGUGUAAUUUGAUAUUAAUAUAUAUAUAGAAUUAUAUAUAUAUUAAUAGUAAAAUACACCUAGAUGGUGUAUGUGUGUGUAUGUAUAUGUGUAUAUAUAUACUUAGAUCAUAUAUAUAUAAUAUAUACAUAUGAUCUAAGUAUAUAUAAUUAUUUUUUUUUUACACCAUUAACUUAUUUUUAUUUUAUUUUCAGCCAGCAGGGGGACCACCUGUCAUUACAGGCAGCCCCCCUGCCGGCAAUACAGAAGCCAGCUAUCCCCGGCCAUGUGAUUGUGGGGUCCUCGCUAGGACCCCACUCUCACAUGGCUGGGGGGCUUCAACGAGGACGGAUGUGCCGCGGGGGGCUCCCUGGGAGUCCCCCCCACCGCGAUCGCCGGCGUGGGACCGCCGGCGACCGGGUAAGUUAACAAAAACCGGAGGGCGUACAAUUACGAGCCGCCUAUUAGAGGGCGUAAUUGUACGUCCUCCGGUUUUAAGGGGUUAAAACAACCACUACAACCAAGUUGUCCAAAUACUCUUAAACUAUUCAUAUCAUCUAGGCUGGACAGAAGUGAUAUUUAUAGUGUGAAGUGUUAAAUCUGUAUUAUCAAAGCUGCUUAGAGGGCAGUCAUCAGAUACCAUGAAGAGUAAUUAAUUAUUUUUGCCAAACUAGUAGAUCGACGUAAAAGUGUGAUACAUUGACAACAUAACCAUUACAUUGAACUUCUUAUGUUGCAUAUACUGCCCUUUUUUAUUGAAUAUUAUUUUAUAGCAUUCUGAUUGCUUUUGAUAGGUGUUUUGACUUUGGUAAAUAAGCAUAUAUUUCCAUAAGAAUAAGGAUGUGGUAUUCGCUGCCCGAAGAAGUGGUUUUAUCAGAGUCUGCAUACUUUCAAAAACAUAAUAUUCAAGGAUAUAAUUUUUCAACUGUAGGAUAAUAGUUUCUUGAUCAAAGGAUGAAUUUGACUGCCACUCUGGGGUCAGUAAGGAUUUUUUUCCUAGUUUGUUGCAAAAUUUGAAGUUUUUCAAACUUUUUUUGGCAUUCUUUUGGAUCAACAGCAAAAAACAGAUGUAAGUCUGAACUUGAUUGACCUGUGUCUCUCUUCAGUCUAGGGAACUGUCGUAUUGUUACUUGUUUUACAAAUACUAAGUGGUUUGUGUUGUGUUUUUGCAAAAACGUGAAUUCACAUGUAGUUUUUAAGUUUAAUUGUCUGCUUUAUUUUACAGCAUUGACAAAAUCUCCAAGAUAACAUCCCCAGUCUUGAUUAUCCAUGGCACAGAAGAUGAGGUGAUUGACUUUUCACAUGGCCUGGCGCUGUUUGAACGCUGCCAGAGGCCGGUGGAGCCACUAUGGGUUGAAGGAGCCGGUCACAACGACGUGGAACUCUAUGGACAGUACCUUGAGCGGUUAAAACAAUUUGUGACGCAAGAGCUUGUAAAUUUGUAA